AUGAGUGAGAAGUUUGAUUAAUUUUUAACAUUUAUUGAAGAACUUGAAUUAGAAGAGUAUUUGCCUGCAAUAAUAGAAAAUGGAUUUGAUGAUUGGGAUUCACUUAAAGAACUGACUGAGGAUUUAAUUUAUAAGUGCGGGAUUUGCACUGAAGAAGUAAAAGUUUAGUAGAUAAUUGCAUGCAUUAAGGGAGCAGAGUAGUAUGAAUAUUAAAAAAAGGCACCUUAGCAAAAAGAAUAAAUAAAAGAAAUAGUUAGAAGACCUAACGAAGUAUCGAAGGUAGAUAUAAUAAAAUCAGCCUCUAAGAAAAAAGAUAAGGAUGUUGGAGAUAACAAGUUUUUAGCUAGUAUAAAUGUGCUCUCUAUUACAGAUAAAAAUUUUUAAUACAUUGGAGAAGAAAUCAGAUUUUGCUAAAAUUUAAAAACAUUGCAUUUAUUUUCAAAUCAACUUAUUAAAUUGGACAACCUCUAAUCACUAACUAAAUUAACCACACUUUAACUUGAUAAUAACUUCUUGACUAAAAUAGAAGGAUUGAAUACUCUCAUAAAUUUAGAAAAAUUGUAUCUUAAUAAGAAUAGAAUUGCUAGGCUAGAAGGAUUAGAGAAUUGCAGCAAUUUAAGGGAAAUAUAAAUUAACAAUUAGUAGAUUGGCGAUGUAGUUUUUACUUUUGAUGAAGAAAGCAUGAAGGGAAUAGGAGAGAGUUUAUAUUCUAUAGAAUGCGAGAAAAACAAUAUUUAAGAAAUAGAUUCCUUUGUUUACUUAGUAGGAUUGGCAAAACUUAAGAUAUCAAAUAACACCAUACAAAAAUUUGAUAAUUUACUUGAGCCUCUUUCAUCAAUGAAGUAUUUAAGCGAACUUACAGCUAAGGGAAAUCCUAUUUCAACCAUUUAAAAAUAUAGAGACAGAAUUGUCUUAAUGUCUAAAUCUUUAUAAUAGCUUGAUGACAAGAAAAUAUUGCCAUCAGAAAGAGAGUUUCUUCUCAAUUUGUGGAGAAAAAAGCAUGGUAUGCUUGAGGAAAAAAAAGAAGAUCCAAAUGAGAAAUCAAAAACAAAAAUAGAUCCUUCUAAAACAUUGGCUUCAGUUGAGGGAAAAAUGAUUUAAGCUAUGUAUACAGACGAUUAACAAUUUAAAAAUCCAUAAAAUUAUCAAAAGUUAAAUGUAGCCAAAGAUGUAAGAGGUAACUAAGCAAUAACAGGCACUAAGCACAUUCCAAAAAUAUAAUCAAGGCCUUCAAAUUAAUUCUUCUGA